AUGAGGAAAGAAGAAGAAAAUAAUAAAAUACGACGACUACUGAAAUCAUUGAUGGAUAAGGAACACGAGAUUACAGAACACCAAACAAACAUUUCCAAUAUAAAACAGUACGCAUCAGAGCUGCAAACUUUUUUAGCUUUGAAACAUAUAGAAAACGAUGUCUUAGUUGAUGAACAGUACAUUCAAUCAAUGAUCAAUAGUGAUGGUGCGAAUCAAAUUAACGUGUUGUGCCAGAUCAAUCCCUCCUUGCAAGGUUUGCUAUCUGACAUUGAGAAAUUUGGGGAUAUCGUGAUUACAGCCGAUCCAUGUAGAAUACCAAUCAUGAAACAGAAGGAUAAACAAGCUCAGAUAAUGGUAGCUUCAAAACCUAUAAUAAUCGACAGUCUGAAACCUGCACUGCUGCAAUCAUUUGACACAAACCUGUUAUUUGCUACUGGGUGUGUGUUACUGCCCGAUUGUAGAAUGGUAUUUGCAUGCAAUGUUUAUAAAAUGAUUAGAGUUUUGAAGCCAGAUGGAUCACCAGAAUUUGAAAUUCGAAAUUUCGGAACCGUAUUCGAUGUGGCGAUAAUAGGCGAUAAUUCAGUUGCUGUGACAACUGGUUAUGAUUUUUACGCCUAUCAAAUUAUAGUGAUUGACUUAAAAACAAGGAAAAUAAAAAAAGGAUUAACAGUUAAUUUAGUUAAUACUGGAUUAGCAUACAGUGAAGACAAGUUGAUUUAUUGUGCUGGAGGGAAAGGGGUACAAAUGAUCAGUUUAAAUGACGAAUCCAUUUCCAAUAUUACUAAAACUAGUGUAAGUGACUAUUCAUGUGUUGCAACAUUCGGAGACGAAAUUUUCUAUACAAACUGUAAAUACAAUAAUGUAACCUGCGCCGACUUUCAAGGUAAAACACGAUGGAUGUUCAAAAAUGAAACCGUUCUUAAAUCUCCUUUUGGUAUAUCUGUAGAUAGAGACGGGAAUAUAUAUGUAGUAGGGAAAGAUUCGAACAAUUUAGUAGUUAUAUCUUCCAAUGGACAAAACUAUAGAGAGCUACUGACUAGUGAGAACGGUCUUGAGGCGCCAGUAAUUGUAAACGUUGAAAAAUCAAGCUGUAAGAUUCUAGUUACAAAUAGAAAGGGAAAAGCAUUCGUGUAUAGUCUUGUAUGA